CUUGCCUCUCUGGCUGUCGCGUGGUGUCUCGGCAGCGGGGGCGAGGAGGCAGCCUCCACCCCAGACUGAGUCCCCGCGCGCACUCCUGCCUCCGCGCCCGCGCACCUGGCCACCCGGUCCCCGGGCUCCCCGUCCUCACCGCGCGCCUCCGUGCCUUUCGCCGUGCCUUUCUCUGCAGCGCCUCUACCUGCGCACUUCCCUGCCUGCCUGGCCCUCGGACUCUUUCUCGGGCUCCGCUGGGUCUCCGGCCACAGUCCCUCGCUCGCCCGCCGUCCGUCCGGGGGACCAAAGAGGCGCGAUGAGCGGCGCCUGUUCGAGCUACGUGAGCGCGGAGCAGGAGGUGGUGCGCGGCUUCAGCUGCCCGCUGCCAGGGGGCGAAGCGGCUGCUGUCUUCUGCUGUGGCUUCCGCGACCACAAGUACUGCUGCGACGACCCGCACAGCUUCUUCCCUUACGAGCACAACUACAUGUGGUGGCUCAGCAUUGGAGCACUCGUGGGCCUGUCCACGGCAGCAGUGGUCCUUCUGGCCUUCCUCAUCACCGCCUGUGUGCUCUGCUACCUGUUCAUCAGCUCAAAGCCACACACAAAGCUGGACCCAGGCUUAAGCUUACAGACAACAGGCUCCAAGGAGAUGUCACCUGACCGCCAAGGUUUGAACACACCAAUUACGAUGGAGGUGCCAGGGGUAAGCUCUCCCAGACAGAAUUCAUCCUCGAACACAGGGCUGGAAAGCAAUGAGAGGCAGACUGUGGGUCCCAGAUGUCUCCCCCAGAAACAGUUCAUGACCACAGUGACUGCUAGCAACAUUCCAGGCAGCCCCGAAGAGGCCUCUGUCCCCAUCCCUAACCCACAUGGACCAGUUCCAUAAACAUCCAAUAAAUGUCU